AUCUCUCUCUCUCUCUGACUGUGGAGUGUGGACUAUUCUCUUUCUCUUCUUGUAUCUUUUUCUUAUUGCAAAAAGUUUCAUCUUCUGGAAAAGGGAAGAGAAAACAAAAAGAGAGAUGCACAAUAGAAUGUCGAUCUGAACCGCUUCAGUCUUUAGUGUAUUAACAAAAGAAAAACGAAGAUUAGAAACUUUGAGGCAGAGACAGAACUGAGAGAGAGUGAGACACACACAGAGAUGGGUGGGGUGACGUCGUCCAUGGCAGCCAAGUUUGCCUUCUUCCCGCCGAACCCACCUUCGUACAAGCUGGUCAAGGACAACCUCACGGGUCUCCUGCUUCUCAGCCCGUUUCCCUACCGCGAAAACCUUCCCCACCGCGAAAACGUCGAGGUUCUCAAAUUGCCGACUCGCCGGGGCACCGAGAUUGUCGCCAUCUACAUUCGGCACCCCAUGGCCACCUCUACUCUACUUUACUCUCACGGCAACGCUGCCGAUCUGGGCCAGAUGUACGAACUCUUCAUUGAAUUGAGCAUCCACCUCCGCGUCAAUCUCAUGGGGUAUGACUAUUCUGGAUAUGGGCAAUCAUCUGGAAAGCCUAGUGAGCAGAAUACAUAUGCUGAUAUUGAAGCUGCAUACAAGUGUCUUGAGGAAAGCUAUGGUACUAAGCAGGAAGAUAUCAUCCUUUAUGGGCAAUCUGUUGGCAGUGGCCCCACUUUGGACCUUGCAACUCGACUGCCUCAAUUAAGAGCUGUUGUUCUGCAUAGUCCCAUACUCUCUGGCUUAAGGGUCAUGUAUCCUGUAAAGCGUACAUACUGGUUUGACAUUUAUAAGAAUAUUGACAAAAUCCCACUGGUCAAUUGUCCUGUUCUUAUCAUUCAUGGGACUUCAGAUGAAGUUGUUGAUUGCUCCCAUGGUAAGCAACUCUGGGAACUGUGCAAGGAGAAGUAUGAACCACUGUGGCUUAAAGGAGGAAACCACUGCGAUUUGGAGCUGUAUCCUGAAUAUAUUAGGCAUCUCAAGAAAUUUAUCUCAACUGUUGAGAAGUCUCCUUCCCAAAGAUACGGUUCCAGGAGAAGCACAGACCAGUUUGAGCAGCCUAGGAAGAGUACUGAUUUUUAUGAAGUUUCAAGGAAGAGCACUGAUCGGAGAGAGAAACCAAGGAAGAGCACUGAUAGGCCUGAAAAAAUGAAAAAUCUGUCCACCAAUGUUGAUAAGCUAGAAAAAUCAAGAAUCUCAUUUGACCAUGUGGAAAGGUCUAGGAGAAGCGUCGAUUGUCAUGAGAAGUCUCGGAAAAGCAUCGAUCACCCACUGGAAAGAGCACGAAAGAGUGUUGAUCGGCUGGAUAGAAUACGAACUGGAUGAUUUUUCAUAUAAACCAGUUGUAAAAUUCAUUCACGGGUUUGGUAUUGUGGGGGAUUUAUUUGGGUUUUUCUUUUUCUCUAAAAGCAUGGUUUUACAGCUGUGUAGCUUGGCUUAUGGCAGUUCUAUAUAACUAUGGUAUGAAAAUGAGAAUGGGCAUGGUGUUACAA